AUGGACAAAACUAUCACUACCAAAUAUUUUUGCCAUCAGUCUGGAGCAUUUAAAUCAAAAGGAAAAGGAGAACUACAUAAUGAUGAAAUUUAUAUGCCUGGUACUACUGAUCAUGCUGAUGCUGUAGAACAAUGUGAAAUAGGUUCUUUGGAGAAAAUUCAAAGUCAAGAAAACUUAAAUUACAAUCAGAUUUUGGAAGGUCAUGAUAAGGAUCAUAGUGCAAUUGGUAAUCAAGUUUUGAAAGUUGGAGAAGAUACUGUGUUUAAUAACGAUCCAGCUACAUUUUGUAGCUUAAAAACUUUUCCUCAACAUUUCAUUAAUUGGAUUCUUAAAGCUGAUCCAUCUCAACCAACGGCUGAUGAUUUUAUAGAUCAUAAAUUUCCAACUGAAAAUAAUAGGUCCUUUCAUUCAUCUUGGUACUACAAAAUACUUCCUAGUGGUGAUAAAGUAAAUCGUAAUUGGCUUAGUUAUUCGAAAACAACAAAUAAGAUUUAUUGUAUUCAUUGUAUACUUUUUGGAAGACAUACAAAACCAUCAUGGACAACGAACGGUUUUAAUACUUGGUCAAGAGGCACAACUAGUAUUAUUGUUCAUGAAAUAUCAGAAGUUCAUUUAACAGCUUCAAUUCGUGCUAUGUAUAGAGAAGCUUCACUACCAAUUUUGUCAUUGAUACAUGAAAAGCAAAAACAAGUUAUUGCGAUAAACAGAGAAAUAGUAAAACACCUUAUUGAUAUAACAAUUUUUUUAGGUAGACAUUCUUUAGCUUUUAGAGGACACCGUGAAGGCUGGAAAGAAAAACUCCAUGGAAAUUUUAAAGAUUUAGCUAUUCUUUUAUCAAAAUAUUCCCCGGUUAUUACCACAUACAUAACAGAACUAGAAUCAUCAGGCAAAAAAAGAAAUUACUUGUCUUGGAAUAGACAAAAUCAGUUGAUUGAUUCCAUUGCCUACUUUAUUAGAUCAUCAAUAAUCCAAGAUAUAAAAUCAGCCAACUUUUUUUCUAUAAGCAUGGAUACAACGUUCGAUUAUUCAAGAAAAGAGCAACUUUCUUUAGUUGUUCGUUAUAUAAAAGAUUUAAAUGUUUAUGAACGUGUCAUUGCUGUUCAUGAAGUCACUUCCACUACAGGUCAAAAUUUAUUAGAAGUAUUCACAAAAAUAUGUUUGGAAUUAGAUUUGAAUUGGAAAAAAUAUCUUGUCGGUCAGGCCUAUGAUGGCGCAUCAAAUAUGCGUGGAGCUUACAACGGUCUACAAGCUCUUAUUAAAAAGCAUAAUUCUUCAGCCUUAUAUGUAUGCAAAAAUAGAGUGUCACUUUUUGAAAAACACCAAAAAAUGUUGUAUCCUGGUAAAUCUAUACGUCGACCAAAGAGAGUUGAAACAACCCGUUGGAUGUCUCAUAGUUAUGCAUUAAAUAACAUUUUAUCUACAUAUCAUGCUCUUCUUGAAACAUUGGAAGAGCUUAUGAAGCCUGGAAAAUCUAGUGAUCGAAAAGAAAUUAGUCAAGCCAAAGACCUCAAAAGAGAAUACUUACAAUUUUCACAUGAAUAUUGGAAUUUUGAAUGCAUAAAAAAACUUCCGGAAAAUUUUUACAAUUCAAGUGAUUAUUUACUAUCAGAUAUUGAAAAUAGUAGUGAUAGUGAAGAUGAAGAACAAGAAAACAAGACUAAAAAUAGUGUGUUUGAAAAUGUAAGAAGUAUACUAUCAUUGUACAAUAUAUGUUGUUCUUGUGGACUAAACACAAUUUUCCCUAAUUUAUACACAACAUUAAAAAUUUCACUAACAUUACCUACAUCUAGUGCAUCACCUGAACGAAUAUUUUCUAAAUUGAAAUUGGUUAAGAAUAAAUUGAGAAGUACAAUGAGUGCAGAAAGAUUGGACGGACUAAUAUUUGGAGCACCAUCUGAAUUGGAAAUUAAACAUUUUCAUGAGGCAAUUGUAAAAAUGAUAGCUGAGGAUUUGCAACCGUUGUGA